GCAUCUUUAUCAAUAUGUAGAUAGAUGCAAUCGAAAAGGAGAAUGUAAUGGGGGAAAAACUGUGGCAAUGUCGUUGUGGGUUUGUGCCACUCGCAUAUCGCUUUGGUGACUCUUGAAUUAUGAUAUCAAACAACAAAACAGAAAAAACUUAUCAAGGUGUGAUGCCUGUUGGAAACUUCCAAUAUCUAUGAAUGAAUACUGAUUUUAUCAAAUGGAACAGUAAUGACAGCUCUAUUGGUAUCGCUUCCGCAGCAAUCGUCCGAAUGUCUUUUGGGGUGUCUUUCAGUUUUUCGAAACGUAUAAAUUAGUGAGCCCUUAUACUGCAUACAAAAAGAGGAAUAAAACGUUCUGCACACAAUCCCUACUUUAGAGCCCCUGUCAAAGGGCUGAUGAGAAGGAUUUUGGACAUCGCAAAAUAAAAAUGUCUAUGGUUGAAAAACGGUUCUUUCAAGGGUUUCCUCAUUCUCUCCGGGGCCUGUGUUUGAACAAGGGGCAUUUCUUGUGUUUUUGUUGUUGUUAGAAGUGUACAUCCGCUGUCAUCCUAUCUCAAAAUACAUGCGGUAGAUCCCUAUACGGGAAGACAUAGCUUUCAAAGGGGAGAAAUAACAAUAUUAGGAAGGACCCCCCACACACACAAAAACAAAGAGCCCUGGGGAGGGGGAUUCCGUCCAUUGUAACAGAGAGGGCUGGAAAGGUGCAGGGGGGAGGGGUCUAUGAGGGUUUGUUACAGAAAGCCCACCUACUCCCAACCCCAUCGCAGUAGUAUCCGUAACACUGACCACAGGCCCUGGGAGAUAAGGCGAGGAAGACCCGUUGUAACAAGGCCGAAUGGAUAGUGACCUUUACAUCCGUAACAUCCUCGACUUCGCGUCCUACGAGGAGUACCUGGACCAGCAGGUGACGCCUGAGGAUUUGUUCUAUCUCGAGGACCGCGAGGCCGCCCGGCGAGUGGUGGAGCUGGGCUAUAAGGGCAAGGAUUUCCUCAGCCGGGACGAGUUCGAGGCGGCGAGGCUGAUCGCCCGGCAUGGGCCGGAGAAGCGGCGGGAGAGCGCCGAGGCCAUCCUGAGCGCGACCCGCCGGCUGGAGCCGGGCACCCUGCUCGACGCCAUCGCCAAGCGCGAGGAGCUCGUGCGGACGGGCAAGCUCGCGACGAUCCUCUUCAUCCGGGACUACGUCAACGGGCAGGAGGUCUCCGCCUACAUCGACCUCGCACACCGCUUUAUCACCGACAACUUCGAGGAGUACUUCGACGGGACAAAGCGGUUGCUACCGAAGCGUAGUGAUCUUAGCUAUUAUAACUGGAAAACACACACCUUGUAUUAUAAUAACAGCACCUCUUUCCAGGUCAUCACCGAAAGCCGGUUUGGUCUGCUCAUGAAGCAUAAACGUGAUCGAAAGAUUAUGGUGAUGGACCCAAAGGCACCCACUCCAGGCGAUAGCAGCAAUCGCACGAUAUACCACUGUAAGGAUUACCUGCAGGUUACCAUCUACGACCAUGUGACGCGAUUUAAGAGCUAA